AUGGAUAGUGCAUUUGCCCAGUCGACCUCUGAGGUCUUGGGGCAUUUCUCGGUAUUAGAAUUACAAGGUCUCACAGAUGCUCAAAUUGUAGCAUCAAGGGAGAAACAUGGUCGCAAUGCUAUCGCAGAAGAGCCUCCAACUCCCAUUUGGGAGCUUAUACUCGAACAAUUCAAAGAUCAACUCGUCAUUAUCUUACUCGGUUCCGCGGCCAUAUCUUUCAUUUUAGCAAUUUUCGAAGAUGGCGGAGGAUGGACUGCUUUUGUGGAUCCCGCUGUCAUUCUCACCAUCUUAAUUCUCAAUGCCGUCGUCGGUGUAUCGCAAGAAAGUAGCGCAGAGAAAGCGAUUGCAGCCCUUCAAGAAUACUCGGCGAACGAAGCCAAGGUUGUUCGAAAUGGCCAUGUCAAUCGAGUUCGUGCGGAAGAGUUGGUUCCAGGAGAUAUUAUUACAAUCGCAGUUGGAGAUAGAAUCCCCGCAGACUGCAGGGUUAUCGCAAUUCAAAGCAACAGUUUCUCGGUCGACCAAGCCAUUCUUACAGGAGAGAGCGAAAGCGUUGGAAAAAGCACCACAGCUGUCGAUGACUUGAAGGCCGUGAAGCAAGAUCAAGUAAAUAUGCUUUUCUCUGGAACUACCGUCGUCACCGGACAUGCAACUGCAAUUGUCGUUCUUACCGGAUCUUCUACAGCCAUUGGCGACAUUCACGAAAGCAUUGCGGCCCAAAUCUCGGAGCCAACCCCCCUCAAGCAAAAGCUCAACGAUUUUGGAGACACUUUAGCAAAGGUCAUCUCAGUCAUCUGUAUCGCGGUCUGGCUUAUCAAUAUUCCUCAUUUCAGUGAUCCUUCUCACGGAAGUUUUGCGAAGGGUGCGAUUUACUACCUGAAGAUUGCUGUAUCCCUCGGAGUCGCAGCUAUUCCGGAAGGUCUUGCUGUUGUUAUCACAACUUGUCUGGCUCUCGGUACCCGUAAAAUGGCUGCUAAGAAUGCCGUUGUUAGAAGUCUGCCUUCAGUAGAAACUCUAGGUAGCUGCAGCGUGAUUUGCUCGGACAAAACUGGUACCUUGACUACAAAUCAAAUGAGUGUCAACAAGGUUGUCUAUAUCAAUGAAGCAGGCUCUGAUCUCGAGGAGUUGGAAGUCGAGGGAACUACAUUUUCUCCCAAUGGAAAAGUCCUUUCAAAUGGCACUGUGGUGACAGAUGUGGCCACAAAGUCAAACACCAUCUUCCAAAUGGCCGAGGUAGCAGCUCUUUGUAACGAAUCCGCACUUGCAUUUGAUGCUAAGUCUGGCACCUAUUCAAAUGUUGGAGAACCUACUGAAGGCGCUCUACGUGUUUUGGUAGAGAAAAUUGGAACUCUAGAUCCGGCCCACAACCAGGCAAAAGCCAAGAUCGCUGCUGGCGAUUGUCUUCAUCACGCAAGCUCUUGGUAUGAAAAAAGAACUCCUCAUCUUGCCACUUAUGAGUUCUCUCGUGACAGAAAGAGCAUGUCUGUUCUUGUCGGCAAAGGCAAACAACAAAAAUUACUUGUCAAAGGAGCCCCGGAAAAUAUUAUAAAUCGUUGCACUCAUACUUUGGUCGGAUCCAACGGCAAGAGAGUUCCACUUACAGAGACUCUUGAGAAGCUUUUGUUGAAAGAGGUCGUCGAAUAUGGUAACAGAGGUCUCCGUGUCAUUGCGCUUGCCAGUGUGGAAGAUGUCGGAUCCAAUCCAUUAUUGAAGUCUGCAACCACUACUACCGAAUAUACUCAACUUGAGCAGAAAUUGACACUCCUUGGUCUCGUCGGUAUGCUUGAUCCUCCUCGCCCAGAGGUAGCAGGGUCCAUCCGAAAAUGUAAGGAAGCUGGAAUUCGAGUCAUUGUCAUUACUGGUGAUAACCGCAACACUGCCGAAGCAAUUUGCAAACAAAUUGGCAUUUUCGGAGAAUAUGAAGAUCUUAAAGGCAAGAGUUACACUGGACGAGAAUUCGAUAAUCUCAGCGAAAGCGAACAAUUGGUCGCUGCUAAGACAGCUUCAUUGUUCUCUCGGGUUGAACCAAGCCACAAGUCUAAGCUCGUAGAUCUUCUACAAUCCGCUGGCGAAGUGGUAGCUAUGACUGGCGAUGGUGUCAAUGAUGCCCCGGCUCUCAAGAAAGCUGAUAUUGGUGUUGCUAUGGGUUCUGGUACUGAUGUGUCUAAGCUGGCUUCCGAUAUGGUUCUUGCCGAUAACAACUUUGCUACGAUUGAAGUUGCUAUUGAAGAAGGUCGAUCCAUCUACAACAACACUCAACAAUUCAUCCGUUAUCUUAUCUCGUCCAAUAUUGGCGAGGUUGUUUCUAUCUUCUUAACAGCUGCAGUCGGUAUGCCGGAGGCUCUGAUUCCAGUUCAACUCUUGUGGGUCAAUCUUGUCACCGACGGACUUCCAGCCACAGCUCUAUCAUUCAACCCACCGGAUCACGAUAUCAUGAAAAGACAACCAAGGAAGCGUGAUGAACCCUUGAUCGGUGGCUGGCUUUUCUUCCGUUACAUGGUAAUUGGUAUCUAUGUUGGUCUUGCCACAGUAGCUGGUUAUGCAUGGUGGUUCAUGUAUAACUUAGAAGGACCUCAAAUCACCUUCUGGCAACUAUCUCACUUCCAUCGCUGUUCCUCCCAAUUCCCGGAAAUUGGCUGCCAAAUGUUCUCCAACGAUAUGGCCAAAUCGGCAUCCACCGUCUCCCUCUCAAUUCUCGUCGUCAUCGAAAUGUUCAAUGCCGUCAACGCCCUCUCCUCUAGCGAAUCCCUUCUAACUCUUCCGCUCUGGAAAAAUAUGAUGCUGGUCUACGCUAUUACCUUGUCCAUGGCUCUUCACUUUGCACUUCUCUAUACCCCUAUCUUGCAAACUCUCUUCUCGAUUCUUCCAAUGAAUUGGAAUGAGUGGCAGGCAGUCCUUAUCAUUAGUGCACCUGUUAUUAUCAUUGAUGAAGGUCUCAAAUUCUUAGAGAGACAAUUCUUCAUGCAAACGUCGGCUAUCGAGGAUCAAAGACCAAAGAAGGAAUAG